ACAGCCAAUAUUGGAAUUACCUAAGAAUCAGCUGCUUCCCUUCAAUCUCCAUGGAGCUUCAAUUUCCCUCUUUUAUGAACUUGUUCAUCUUCUUUCUCUUCUUUUCCAUGGUAGUGAAAGUAAUGAAUAGAUGGAAAACCAAAAACAGAAAGCUUCCACCAGGGCCAUGGAGACUACCUUUAAUAGGUAACGUGCACCAGCUGGUUGGUUCAUUGCCCCACCACAUCCUCAGAGACUUAGCCAAGAAACAUGGACCUCUGAUGCACCUCCAGCUUGGAGAAAUUUCAAGCAUUGUGGUUUCUUCCCCAGAAAUUGCUCGAGAGGUCUUGAUAACAAAUGGUAUUAUCUUUGCACAAAGGCCCCAUAUGAUUGUUCUCAACACCAUUACUUAUAAUUCCAGGGAUCUUGCCUUUGCCCCGUAUGGAAGUUACUGGAGACAUUUGAGAAAAAUCUGUACGGUAGAACUCUUGACCACAAAAAGAGUCCAGUCGUUCCGAUCAAUAAGAGAGGAAGAGGUGUCAGCUCUUGUCAAAGCCAUAGCUUUAAACGACAGAUCCCCAAUCAAUCUUAGUGAGAAAAUCUUUUCCCUGACAUAUGGGAUAACAUCCAGGGCAGCUUUUGGUAGUAAAUGCAAAGAUCAGGAUGCAUACAUAUCGAUAGUAAAGGCAAUUGUCGAGAUGUCAACUGGCUUCAGCUUAGCAGAAAUGUAUCCAUCAAUGAAAGUGCUUCAAGUGUUUAGUGGAACGAAGCGCAAACUUGAGAACCUUUUUCAGGAGAGUGAUAGGAUCCUUACUGGCAUCCUUGAUGAGCACAGAGAGGAAAUAAAGGUAGAAAAAGGACAAGCACGUGAGGACCUGGUUACUUCUCUUUUAAAGCUUCAGGAGAAUGGAGGCCUUGAGUUUCCCCUUACUGACACUGACAUCAAAGCAGUUAUCUUGGAUAUCUUCAACGCUGGAAGUGAGACAUCAUCAACAAUUGUGGACUGGGCAAUGGCAGAAAUGAUAAAAAAUCCAAAGGUGCUGGAAAAGGCACAGAAGGAGGUAAGAAGAGUCUUUGACAAACAAGGAGAUGUGGAUGAAGCAGGCAUUCAUGAAUUAAGAUACUUAACAACAGUAAUCAAAGAAACACUCAGGCUGCACCCUUCUUUGCCUCUAUUGUUUCCAAGAAUAAGUAGGGAAAAAUGUGAAAUCAAGGGAUACCAAAUACCUGAAAAGACACAAGUCAUUAUUAGUGCAUGGGCGAUAGCAAGAGAUCCUGAGUAUUGGAGUGAAGCCGAAAGAUUUGUUCCCGAGAAGUUCCUUGAUAGUUCAUUGGAUUUCCGAGGAACAGAUUUAGAGUUUAUCCCAUUUGGAGCAGGAAGGAGGGCAUGUCCAGGAAUAUCAUUUGCACUUCCCAACAUUGAGCUGCCUCUUGCAAAACUUCUCUAUCAUUUUGAUUGGAAACUGCCAAAUGGAAUGAAAGGAGAAGAUCUAGACAUGAGUGAGGCAUUCGGUUUAACGGUUAGAAGGAAAGAUGACCUUAUCUUAGUUCCCACUACUUACUAGCCUUUAUGUAUGUCAGGUCUCAAGUUGUGUGUAUGCGUCAGUGUCUAAGAAGUUAAAAGUUAGAAGUCGGAUGUUUUUGUUGUAUUAAUAAAAUGCAUUUGAAGCAAUAGAGAGAUUGCUUUAGAUUGUAUUAGAUUGUAAAAUAUAAAGUAUCAAAUAAAAAAAAGACACCUAUCAAAUAAUUAGUGUUAUGCAAUUUAGUGUAUCUUGUACCACACAACAUUUAUCUCUAUAAAGAUUUAUGUAUUUGAAGAAUAAAUGCUGGUAUUUAUC